GGAGUGGGAGACAGACGAUUCUGAGCCUCGCGCUUCAACAAGCAGGAACAAUACUCGUCGUACGAACGCUCCUGGACAACGCGACCUGCCCCCUUUCGACAUCAGGGAUAUGUCUCCCUUUGGCGAUAGUGCCCUCGGGGAUUUCAUGUACGGUAUGGGAGCCAAUGGGUUUGGUUCGAUGCUCAGAAACAAUGGUGUUCCGCCAAUGGGCUUUGAUCCUCGUGAUUUCUUUGGCAGCGACGACUACUACGAAAAUUCCACCGAUGACGACGAAUUUCCCAAUGAACAAGGUUCUUCUGGGGAUGGUGGCUCUUCUGAAGACAAUCGUCCUCCUGCCAAUGAGGUUCCUGCUGACAAUGAUGAUUCUGAUGAUGAUUCUGAUGAUGACUCUUCUUCUGAAGAUUCCGAGGAAGAAGAGUAUUGGGCUAUGUACAGAGCCGAGGAACAGAAAAUGAAGUUGAGAAAACAGCAAGCCAAAGAGGGAACCCGGAAACAUUCCUCCAUCGGUCCUUCAGAUACCUCCGCAUCUGGCUCCGCUCCGAAGGAUACCAAGCAGACUGAGAGUGCUUCGACUCCUAUCGCAUCAACUGCCGAGGAGAAAUCGACACAAGCUCGCAAUCGAGGCAAUGAUCUGUACCGCAAAGGCUUAUUCGAUGAUGCGACCAAGGCAUAUUUCGAGGCACUGUCUUUGACCCCCAACGACCCGGCACCACUCUCAAAUCUUUCUGCCGUACAGUUCGAGCUGGGUAACUAUUCUGGAUCGGAGGUCUACGCUGAGAAGGCGCUCAAGCUUUUAGAAGACGAGGAAGACACUAACGUGAAGAAACAAAAACUCUUCGUUCGAUUAGCAAAAGCGAAGGUUCUGACUUCUAAGGAUGCCGCUCUCGUGGCCACGAAGGUGGAAUCUUCUGUUGAAAAGGACAAAAUCCUGAAGAGCAUGGCUAUGAACAUUGCAAGCAAGAAAUCAUCUUCUUGGUCAAAAAUCUUGGACGAGCUGUCCAUAUACAGACCAUCAUUGGAAGCAGAGGGAGAGUAUUACGCUGUGGGCCAUGAUCCACCCAACCCGGAGUUGGACAGCAAGAUGAUUUCAUCGAAGGGCGAUCUUUCUUGGAUGUUCGCAGGUAUUGGAGAUGCACGAAACUUCUUUGCAACUCUUAUACAUCUGGACAAGGCCGAGCACGAUAAGAAAACCAAGAGGAAAUUCCAUUUCUCACUCCUUGAUUUGAAGGCAGCAGCGAUGGCCAAGGUCCUAGUUCUGCUCCACUUGCUCAACCAGAUCGGUGAUCGCGGUGCUUUGACGUGCUUGGCCUAUGUCUUUGGAUCAAUCAUUAUGCCAGCUUUUGCCUACGACAAGUUACAGCAAACGGUCACCGCGCUUGUUGACAAAUUGCAAGCUGGUAGCCCUGUUGCAGACUGGAUAUACAUUUCAGAGGCUCAGAGAGCUCCACUGUUGCGUCAACUCCGUUCAUGGCAACAGCAUCUCGAUGGGAAGUACGAUACAGCCACGUUCCGUCAGCAUGGUCUCUUGCAAGCUUCACAGGGAAAGAUGGGUCGCUACAGCACCCAUGGAGCUGAAGACCAUGUUCCGCCUUUCUGUGAGCGCGACGAUGUGAUAUUCUGGACAUAUGGUAUUGUCAUGCCGCAAGGCGAACUGGCAGCCAAGCAUGAGAAGCAGCUGCUCCGGCUUAUCGAGGGUCAGAAAUUGAGCCCGAGGGGACCUCCCCUGCCAGAUCGAAAGAUCACCGAUUACAUUGACCGGAAUUGGAAGCCGAACGUGACCCUUGUCGACAUUGACUGGGAGGCUAAGCGCCAAAAGCGAGACUCUAAGGAUCCACCCGACUUCACCUUCAACCCGCCCGAAUUGGCAUUCGUUAUGUUCGCAUGUCAGGAAUUCCUGUUGUUCUGUCCAGAUGAACAGCACGCGAGAAUUUUCGGACUCUCUAAUCUGCUCGAGUAUUUCGAGUUGUUCUUCAGGUCCACUAUGCUAGCUCUGAAAGAGCUUCGCUCUCGCUUGUGUGUGGAGAUUGUCGUAGGUGAGAUGAAUGACUGUUUGGAGCGCAUACACCACGACACUUGGAGCACACGAGGUCAGAAGCAGGGCAAGUUCGACCCGCAACAGUUCCCGAAACUGUACAACCGUGUCCACAUGAGUAACAUCCCUGACUAUGUGGGUGGUGCGCUCAGCACAUUUCUAUUCGGCGUGCCCCUUCUGCAGCGCGAGAAGAGUUCUGCACUCAAUUCUUGCGUUCUGCUCAACACUCCGGCUUUCAACAACCACGAAGACUACCUCGCUGAGUACACUCUUCUCACGGGCUUGAACAGUGUCGAAAGACACUUUGGCGUUGAGUUGCGAAAAGAUUCUUCGUCCCUCAAUGGCUGGGGUCGGCCAGGUGUAGUGCUCCAUGACUAUACCAUGUGGACUGUCAGAUCACAGGGACCGCCUAAGAAGCUCCCUGCCAACGAGCGUAUGUCCCGCGCAGCAGUCGAGAAGUAUCUUCAAGCACAUUUGCUCAAGAUCUGCUUACCUUACCCUCGACCAAAGCUCUCUGCUCACCAAGCUGUGCGUGCACCCUUGAACCUGACCGUGCUCUUCCGGUUGAUUUCACAUCUUCAAAGUCUUGGAUAUCCCGCCCAUUGGUUCUCGGACAUUCUCGGGCAGAUGCUUCAAGGAACAGUCUUGACUACCGCAAGAGCUCCCAGACAGUUGGUCACCACUGUAGGAGCGGCUAAGAAGGUGUAUUCUUCCAUGAACAUCAGCGUCAAGCCGUGGCUUGCGGAGCUUACGACUUUGAGUAGUAUCUGGAGAGGACUGCUUCCCUUUGGACUGCUCUGCGAAGACGGUCUGGUCCCUGACAUCGGGCGUGUUAGCAAAUACAGCCUCAAAUUCCCCAUGUCUAGCGACGACAUGCUCAACAGACCACACUUCACAGUCAUCUUCUGGAACACCUCCCUUGGUGCAGUCCCAACCAGCUUGAGGUGGCGCCUUCUUGAUGAUGAGGAAGGGGACCGCAGUCGCAAGGCGAUAAAGAUCCGUGAAGAGGGCAUCCAUAUUCUAACGACAUUCCAGUGGUCAUCAGACACUACCACGGCAGCUUUCUGGUUGCAAAGCGAUGUCGUGAAGGCAAUGCAGAAAGGGGACUGGAAGGCUUACAUCUGGAGACUUGACACCUGGCAGCCGGUCACCUCGGGAGUCUCUGUACGCGACCAUAUCCGCACGCUAGGCAAUUGGAACGGAGAGAAUAUCCCUGACAAGAAUGACGAGGAAGAGCUUCCUAUCAGAUCUGCGUCAAAGGCCUCCACCGAGACCGCAAACAUGUCAUCUUCGACCCAGGAAACCACACCUUUAGUCCAAGAUAAACAGACACCCUCCAUCCCCGCCCACAUAUCCAACGACGUCGAUCGCAAGCUGGUAAGAGAAUUCCAGAUCACUCUCAUACGUCUCGUAGCUGCUGCCGACGAGGAUGUAAAAGAGCCCGGCCUCCCCGGGUCAGUCAAAAAAGUGCGUCAAGCCUACGUCCGCGCCAUCGCCGAAUACCGCAAACGUACAGAUCCCAGCUUCACACCAGCCAAACCCACCAAAUUCGAGGACAGCCCUCUCGGUGAGCUCAUCAACGAAGUUCGACAAGUCGAGUGCAUGCUUCUUGGUGCUCCUCUGCUUCCUGCCGACUUGAAAUGCCAGAUGCAUGUUGCUAGCCUUGUUGCUGGAACUGUGUCUUCUACGGAGGUGCCUAGUAAAGAGUCCCUGUCGUUUUUGGAGAAGUUUGAUCAGCAUAUCGAAACUAGGAAGAGGUAUGAUGCUUGGAAGGAGAAGCAGUGGAAGGAGCCAAAGGAGCCGGGACAGGUGAAUUCGGAUCGUGCUCCCAGUAAGAUGUUGGGUUCCAUCCGCGAGUUGGACUCCCUGACAACAUCACAACUUCCAGGAUAUUGAGUUGGUGUUUCCAGACGGAUAGUCCGACUAGUGGAUGAUAUUUCUCUGGCUACGUGUACUUACCUUGUUGUACAAAUAGUCUAGAAUUACUGCUCUAUCAAGUCUGUCUCUGCCCUUGACAGCGAGCAAGAUUGUAACAUCAGUUGUGCUGUCCUAUCC